AUGGACAGCCAGAUCGAGAAUGCCAUCGAGAUCGCAUGGAACCCAACCUCGGACCAGAACCUCAAAUCGCAGGCCUUCGACUUCCUCAACCAGCUGAGGGCUGACCCCCAGGCCUGGCAAGUCUGCGCGACCCUCUUCACCAGGACACCGCGGACCUCUGAAGUCGUGCGUCUCGUCUCUCUCGAGGUUGUCAACAACGCAGUCCAAACCCAGACUCUAGACACCCAGAGCUUGGCAUUCCUCAAAGAAAACUUGCUCGGCUAUGUCAGGCGGACAUAUGGCACGAGCUCGGGGGAGGCCGUCGACCCGCCACACCUUCAGAACAAGCUGACACAAACUCUGACCUACCUCUUCGUCUAUCUGUACCGGGAUGGCUGGGAGACCUUCGUUGACGAUUUUCUGGCCCUUACCGGCUCACCCAACAGUGGCCGCAUGGACAACCUCAAUGGCAUUUUCCUCUACCUGCGUAUUCUCAACUCGGUCCACGACGAGAUUGCAGAUGUCUUGCUGUCCCGAACGGGCAACGAAGCCAAGCGCAAUGCCGACUUGAAGGACUCGAUCAGAGAGCGAGACAUGCGACGAAUUGCUGCCUCUUGGCAGCAACUACUGUCCGAGUACAGCUCGCAGAAUGAUCAAGUCAUCGAGAUGACCCUCAAGGCCAUCGCCAAAUGGGUCAGCUGGAUCGACAUUGGCUUGAUUAUCAACCAAGACAUGCUCAACCUCUUGUAUCCAUUGGUCGGCCGUGCCAAUGCGACUGGAAAGGAAGAUAAGGUCCGGGAUGCAGCCAUUGACACCUUUACCGAGGUCGUCGGCAAGAAGAUGAAGUCGGCAGACAAGAUCGAGAUGAUCGCUUUUUUGAGUUUGAGAGAGGUCAUCAAUCAGCUCAUCGAGAGCCCACCCCUCAAGGAUUUCCAGAAAACCCCCAAGUACGACACGGACCUUGCCGAGACGGUAGCAAAGCUUGUCAACAAUGUCUUGAGUGAUAUUGUUCGCGCUCUCGAGGACAGUCAGAUUGGCAGCGAGGCUAGGGGCAAGGCAGAGCAGCUUCUCCAUGAAUUCCUCCCAGCACUACUCCGAUUCUUCUCCGACGAGUACGAUGAAGUCUGCUCGACGGUCAUCCCCUCGCUCACUGACCUUCUCACCUUCCUCCGCAAGAUCCAGAACCUCCCUACCUCGUACGUGGAAAUGCUUCCUGCUAUCCUGAAUGCGAUCGUGUUGAAGAUGAGGUACGACGAGACUGCCAACUGGGGCGACGAGGACGAGCAGACCGACGAGGCCGAAUUCCAGGAGCUGCGCAAGCGGCUUCAAAUCCUUCAAAAGAGUGUGGCAGCGGUAGACCAAAAUCUUUACAUAGAGAUUUUGAGCAACCUUGUGGCAAACACGUUUCAGUCAUUGGAUCAGCAAGGCUCACGGAUGGACUGGCGCGACCUGGACCUGGCCCUCCACGAGAUGUAUCUCUUCGGGGAGCUUGCUCUACCGAACCAGGGGCUCACGACCAAGAACCAGCCCUCCAGCGCGGCAGCUGAGCGUCUCAUCGCCAUCAUGAAGAAGAUGAUUGACUCUGGCAUCGCCAAUUUCCCCCACCCCGCAAUCCUACUGCAGUACAUGGAGAUUGUCGUCAGAUACUGUGCGUUCUUCGAGGCCCAGCAAGAAUACAUUCCGCGGGUACUUGAGAGCUUUGUCCGCCUUGUCCAUCAUGACCAUCCUCGCAUCCGCGUACGUUCUUGGUACCUGUUUCAUAGGUUCAUCAAGCAACUGAGACUGCAAGUGGGCAAUGUGGCAGAGACUGUCAUCCAGUCCAUCAGUGACCUUCUUCCCAUCAAGGCCGAGGUUGCCAACGACGAGGCCGACGAUGACAUGUCGUCGGACGAGGUCGACAACUCGGCCAACGCCAUAUUCACCGGCCAGCUGUAUCUCUAUGAAGCCAUCGGUUCCAUUUCCUCCACGCCAGCAACACCGAAUGACAAGCAAGCGUUGUAUGCACGCUCUGUCAUGGAACCCUUGUUCAGCGACAUGGAACAGCAUCUCCAGCGGGCCAAGUCUGGCGAUGCUCAGGCACUGCUCCAGAUCCAUCAUAUUGUCAUGGCACUGGGCACCCUUGCUUAUGGUUUCUCGGACCACUCUGCGUCGGUCGGCAGGCGACCACCCCAGGAGAAGGGCAUUUCAGACGAGUUCUCGAGAGCUGCGGAAGUCAUUCUGAUUGCUCUGGGCCAGCUCAACUCGAACGGCGAGAUUCGGGCUGCAUGUCGGUCUGCCUUUUCACGGCUGAUCAAUGUCCUUGGUGCAUCCGUCCUUCCACAGCUUCCCCAGUGGAUUGAGGGACUCCUCUCACAGAGUUCCUCCAAAGACGAGAUGGCCAUGUUCCUUCGGCUGUUGGAACAGGUCGUGUUUGGUUUCAAGGGCGAGAUUUACACGGUCCUCAACCUUCUCCUCACUCCGCUCCUGCAGCGUGUCUUUGGUGGCUUGUCUGAACCCAUUGCCGGGACGGAUGACGAGAUCCAGCUUGCAGAGCUUCGACGAGAGUACCUCUCCUUCCUCCAGAUCAUCCUCAAUAAUGAUCUCGGCGGUGUCCUUGUGAGCGAAACCAACCAAGGCUUCUUCGAGACUCUCAUAGAGUCCAUCAUCUCCUUAGCCAAACUGACGAGCCACGGGAACCUGACGGCCAGUCGGCUGGCAUUCUGUCUAUUGGCAAACAUGACCACGGUGUGGGGUGGCCCAUCCGUUGCCGAUAUUUCGGCAAACCCUUCUGCACCAAGCGGAGAUCCGGCUCCGACCAUUCCAGGUUUCGAUCAAUUCGUGAUUGAACGCUUCCACUCGGUCUGCUGGGAGGUCAUUCAAGACUCUUCCUUCAGGCCGUCCAAGGAUGCUCAGUCGAAGCAGGUGCUCAAUGAAAUUGCAGCACUGGAGCAGACCAUCUACACGAAGACCGGUAAUGUCUUUAUCCGGCAUCUCGAGUCGAACCUCUUCCCGCAACUCGGAAUCGAUGGCAACGAGUUUCUCAGGUCGCUGACCACGUCAGUCGAUAAGAAGACCUUUGCGAACUACUUGUUGCAUCUGUUGAAGAACCGGAGGUGA